CUAUUAAAUACAUAUUUAUUUUAAAGUCAACCUCUCGGCUCUCAAUAUUUAUAACUGUAGUUUGAAGUUAAUGUGUUGUGAUUCAUACUUCACAUUGCCAAAAUAUCACAAUAAUGUAUCAUUUGUGUUGUAAAUCAUUAAAAAUUUGAAAAGCCUAUAAAGAUUGAACUCAUCUUUAUUCAAAAUCUAGUGAUAUUUAUAGAAAGUAAAAACUGUUAAUUUUCCAGUGGUCUAAAUUAUAAACCUUUUUUACUGUCUGGUUAAUUGAAUCGAUUAUGAAGAUAUUGUGAAAAUAUUUUAAAUAGUCAAAAAGAAUUUGUUUUAUAGAAGCACAAGAAAAGAAACAAUGUCAAUACGAGAAAUAGAAAUUUCAGAUCAAAUGUUUUCUUUAAGUCAAUCAGACCUUUGUCGACUCUGUGGACUAAGCAACUCAUCGAGAUACCUGAUCUAUAGAAAAGUAGAUGCUGCUGAAUUAACUAUUGCAGAUUUAAUUAACCGCUAUUUGCCCAUUCAAGUUUCUGAUGAUGACGAAUACCCAAGAACUAUAUGUUCAAACUGUAAAUGUCAGUUGGAUAUGUUAGUAAAAUUUAUUGAUGACUUGUUAGAUGGUCAAAUGUUUCUCAAAAAUGUUUAUAAAAUGUACAAGUCUAAACAGCUUUCUUCAACAGAAUAUAUACCUCUGGUAGAUGAAAGAACCACUAAUUUCAAGAAUAAUAUAAACACUAAAAGUAAUAUUGUGGAAUAUAUAUGUGAGACUUGUGGUUUAACAUUAGCUAACAAAAAUGACUUGAAGGCUCAUUUAAAAAAUCAUCAUGAAGAACAAUCAAGACCAAGUGAUACUGCAACUGUUAAAGUUGCCGAAAGAUUUUCAUGUGAAUAUUGCAAUAAAACCUUUGCUCAUAAAAAUGGGCUUAAUACUCAUUUAAAAACGCAUAAGGGUGAUAAAAAGUAUGUAUGUAAAGUAUGUAAAAAAAGUUAUUAUCAAAAUGGAAAUCUACAAGAACACAUGCGAAUACAUACUGGAGAAAAACCUUUUAGUUGUGAAUAUUGUUCAGUAUCAUUUAGAACAUCAUCUCAGUUGAAAACUCACAUUCGAUGUCACAGUGGUGCUAAACCUUACAAGUGUUCAGUUUGUGAACGAUCAUUCCCACAUAAUAAUACUCUGAAAAUUCAUUUAAGGCGUCAUUACAAUGAUCGACAAUACAACUGUGAAUAUUGUCCAAAAAAAUUUGUUGACCGUACAGCUCUGGUCAGGCAUUCUCGUACACAUACAGGCGAAAAACCAUAUUAUUGUGAUUUAUGUAACAAGGAUUUUGCAACAGUAACAAAUUUUAAUAAACAUAGAAAAAUACACAUGAAAGAUAAAAAUUCUGCAGUAUGGGAGCUUACUACAAAAUUCCAAAAAAGUAGUUCAGAAAUUGAUUAUAUAAAUGCUACAUUAAUUAAUGAUAAUGAGCUACAGGCAUGUGAUAGAACAGAAGACUUAUUUUUAAUUUCUAAUCAAGUUAAGGAUUUGAACACUGAUAUUCCGUCCAAUAGUGUUAAUAAUUUGGAUGACUUACUAAACGUCAACACUUCCUUCACAUCUUUAAAUUCUAUUAGCUUCAAUGAAUCUAUGUUAGAGUUAGCUGAAAACAUUGUACCAUAAAGCUUAUUAUAUUGAUAUAUUUCAUAUUUAUAUGAGCUAAAUUAACAAUAUUCUAUAUUAUGAUUUUGAACAAAUGUCACUGAUUUUCAACAUUACCAUCAGUGCCAUUCAUAAGACUGAUGACUACAGAUUAUAUCCAGUUAAUAAUGCACAUUGAAAUGUAAUAUGGUGAAAAACUAUAUUCAAUGUUAAGAUAGUAUUGUAUUAUUAUUAUAAUUUAUUUAUUACACUAUGAUUCCAAACAA